AUGACAGUCAGUGGCUCUAUUUCUCCGCUCAGCUAUCUAUCGUCUAUCAAGGCGCAGGAGAUCCUGCUUGAGACCCUCGACGUGGCAGAGUUUGGUAUCUCGGUUGAUAGCAUACUCUUUUUCGAAAACAAGGCCAAUGACCCAGACUUCAUGUCUAAAGAGGCGAUUAACCGCAGCCUGUGCAGAAUCAUUGCCGACCACUACCCCAUCCUAGUGGGUCGCCCCAAGCUUACUGACGACCAGAGGUGCGCUAUCAGCGUUGACCCUGACAACCUUAACAUGCCCAGUGUCGAGGACGUAUACGUUGACCAGCCCGCCGACAGGUUCCUGAUUACGCUGAAGAAGGAAAAGGACCUCCAGUUUUUCAACUUGAAAAAGCUUGUCGAUACCAUCGGGAUGGACAAGUUCCCCAAGUCAACCUUCCACAAGGACCACUCCAGCGUUGUCCUGCGCUUGCUCCGGUUCAAAGACAACAGCUAUGUGGGAUUCUCGCUAUGUCUCCCACACGCCGUGUUUGAUGGCAUCAGUUGUGUAGCGUUCCAGGCUAAUCUGUCUGCAUAUGUGCGCAACGGUGGCUACUGCAAGCUGGCCGACCCUCCCAUUAAUGACCGCAAAGUCAUUGCGGACCAUUUCUCUACGGUCACACCGGAGCCGCUCAGUAUCGUCAAGCACUUCAAGGAGAGUGUUCCGGACCUGCCCAUGACAUUCCCAAAGAACGUGAUCCCGCUGCUGAUGCAGUCGCCUGAUGUGCCGCCCUACGAGCAGCAGCACCUGCUUCACAUCUCAGCCGAGAAUUUGGAGCGCAUGCGCCAAGAUAUCGAUCCGUCGCAGUCAACCAACAACAUCUUGACGUCGCUGCUGGUCAAGUGUAUCCCCGCGGCCAAUGCCGAGCAUUUCGGCAGCCCGCCGCUCAACGUAUAUAUAAUGAUGGCGUACGAUAUACGUGACCGCUCGACGAUCCCACGGGCAUAUGCUGGCAACGCAACAGGCCCUAUGACGCUACAUAUUGCUGGCGAGAAGGUCAUGGGCAGCUCGACCAAGCAGCUGGCGCAGCACAUCAAGGAGGCCGCUGUGGAGGUGCAGAGCGGACACUGCAAGACGCUCAUUGACAUCGUCGAGAAUGAUAUCGGCGUCCUGUACAAGAGCUUCAUGUACCUUGCGAACACGCCGAAUACUGCAUAUAUAGGCACGUCCAACCUGCGCUAUAUGCCAUAUUCCAGCAUUGACUUUGGUACCGGCGGACCGGAUAUCCUUUCGUUUUUCUACAUCAACCGCGAGGGGUUAAUCCGCAUCAAUCCCAACAGACAGGAUGGCGGCAUCGACCUGUUCCUCAACUACGCCGAUGCCAACUUUGACAAGCUCCAAGACCAUGGAAGAGCUGAUGGAGUAUGCUGA